UCCAUAACCUAGAUGCGCUGCAACUCAGAAACGAGUCAAACGACAAUGCAGUGAGGAAAAGUUGGAAACAAACAACAUUGGUCAUGUUUCUGCCUCACGAGUUGAUCAUCGAAAUCUUACUGAGGUUGCCGGUAAAGUCUCUUAUACGUUUCAAGUGUGUUUGUAAGUUAUGGUUUUCUCUUAUCUCUCGUGAUCCCAACUUUGCAAAAUCACAUUUUCAACUCACAGCCUCAAAACCCAAUCGUAGAAUUCUAUAUAUACCAGAUUCAUCUCAUGAAUCUCGAUCCAUCGAUAUUGAAGCAUCGCUUGACAAUGUCAAUGCUUCUGUUUCACUCAACCUUGAUUGUAUCUUUCCAGAGUCUUUUACCGAUAAUUUUGAAGUUAAAGGGUCAUGCAGAGGGUUCAUACUUUUAUGCGAUUACUUGAAUAUGUAUGUCUGGAAUCCAUCCACUGGGGUUCACAAACAAAUAACUCCAUCUCCUUUUGGUUCCAAUGUCGAUGCUGAUUAUUAUUUCUAUGGUUUUGGGUAUGAUGAUUCAACGGAUGAUUACUUGGUUGUUUCAAUGUCUCAUCAUGAUUAUGAUGAUCCUCCUUUACACUUGGAGUACUUCUCAUUGAAAGCUAAUACAUGGAAAGAAGUUGAGGGUCCUCACUUCCCUUAUACCUUUGACGAUGAGCCCAAAAGUGGGUCUCUCUAUAAGGGGGCUAUUCAUUGGUUGGCUUAUCAUAAUGACUUACUAUGUCAUGUUAUUGUUGCAUUUGAUUUAAAGGAAAGGAAACUUUCAUAUAUGCAUUUGCCUCGUGGUUUUGAUAAUCACGUGUAUUGGGGUGGUUUGUGGGUAUAUGAGGAAUUUCUCAGUGUAUAUACUAAGAAUAUUAGUAAUGAUACGGUUGAAAUUUGGGUGAUGAAAGAGUACAAAGUGAACUCCUCUUGGAUUAUGACUCUUGUUCUUCCUGUUGAUCUCGUCGAUUGCCCAAACGAAGACUUUUUCCCAUUGUGCUGUACAAAAAGUGGUGAUAUUAUUGGGACAGAUGAAGACGAUGGAUUGGUGAAGUAUGAUAGAAAUGGAAAAUUUCUAGAGCAACAUUCUUAUUAUAAUUACAAUCUUAGAUGCGGAGUGACUAUGUAUGUAGAGUCUCUGCUUUCACUCCCCGGUGAUGGUGACAAAGAGCAAACUUGAGAAGAGGACACAAACAAGAAGAAUGAGGUUGAUCCCAACCCGAAUGACUAUGUGUGUAUAGUCUUUGCAGUGAAGUGCUUUAGUAGAUGAUAUAAACGAGAAGAAUCAGGUUCUGCUGAAUCAUAUGUUUAUUGAUAACAUUGACAGCUUUGUUUGUGUGAUUCACUGUUGUUUAUGUAUGUAGCUGGAUUCUGUUAUAAUAUAUGUUUUGAUUACUUUUUGAAA